AUGGCGGGGGCCAAUUUUUGCCAUCUUCCCUCCGAGCUCGUCGAAUACAUCGUUUCCUAUCUUCCACAACACGACAUCUACACCGUCACUCGCUUAAACAAAGCCUUGUCCACUUUAGCUACCCCGUUCCUCUAUCGCCAUGUCGAUUUGUACAUCCCGCCUGGCGACUUGGCUCCAAGAAUCGAUCGUUUUUGCUUUAAUAUACUCAACAAUAGCCGUCUGGCCGAUCGAGUCAUAUCCUUACGUCUGGGUCUACAUCCUGACAAGGCUGUUCAUUCCGGACAGUAUGUUCUGCGACGGGACUCCCACUUCGAUGACAGCCUCAUGUUCAGCAAAGCCAUGGACGCCAUGAGUAACGAGAGUUUGAUUGCCGCAACCGACUACCUUCGUGAUGCCAUCGGCACGCGCGAAUACUCCGCCUACGCAGCCCUCAUCUUGCUUGUCUUGCCCUCUUUACGACAUUUGGCAGUGGCCGACUACAAGGGCGCAACUUUGGAUCACCUGCAUACCGUUCUUCGUAACUUGGACAGUGUCACUACAUGGAACCGCCGUCGGCCAUCGCAGAUGCUGAUAGGGCGCCUUUCGUCUAUCAAAUCCGUGUCCAUCAAUAUAGACAGCAUUGGGGGCAUGGCAUAUCGCAGGGAUCCCUGUCGACCAACCCUAGACCACCUCAUGAACCUACCAGCCGUAGAAAAACUGGAGAUAUCAGUGCCAGAAGGCCAGAGAGGCGGCACUUUUCUCUUUGCUAACCCGUCUGCUCAGCUGGUCCAGAAGCCCAAGGCUACGAAUAUCACCACUCUAGUCAUCAAGCAUUCGGGCCCACAGAUCUCGAUUCUGCGGUCUCUACUAGAGUCUACUCCCCACUUGAAGUCGUUGACGUAUGACAUGGCAUUUUCAAGCAGUGCGGAAGCAAACAAUGGGCCGUAUUUGGUAGAUCUCAGCACAUGGGGCGAUACGCUACGGCUUGUUAUGCUGACCCUCGAGACCUUGGUCCUCAGUAUAGAGUACUGCGACACAGCGCUCUGGGCCUUCAAGCAACCCAGGAUUGGAGACAAAUUUCUCGGGUAUCUCGACUUGACCUACUUCACCCAACUCCGUACUCUGCAAGUACCGUUUCCCUUCUUAACUGGCGAUGCGGAUUUUUCCAUUACCACGGAAAUCUGGCCGCUUCUUCCGCCUACUCUGGCGCAUCUAUCACUACGAACGGACCUAUCACAUGCCCAAUUCUCCUUCCCAUUCGAUACCUCCAUUCUCCCUAGUGCGCUACCCUUUCACGAAUCCAAAGAAGAGGCUUCCUACUUGAUGAACGCAAGAAUGGACGUAUCGUGCAUGUUCCAAGCGACGCUUACUCUUCUUGAACAGACUCCACACUUGCAAACAAUCUCUGUCUGGCAGCCUGCGGACCCCUCACUAAGCUGGUUCGAUGGUCAAGUGACAGACUUUGCAACCACGUGUAGAAAUAAAAACGUCACCGGAAAACUCGUAUAUCCCAUGCUACUUCGUUGGAAGAAGGCGCAGUACUGGGAUCUCAUCCGGGAGAUUACGGUAUUUGAUCGAUUGCAUCCAGAUCAGGAUCGAGACGACAAGUUCUUCCGGGAGGAGUGGGAAGACAUGCCGCUGGGUCUGUCCUCGCAGUACCAUCUACACGCAUUGCAUUCGCAUCAAGUCCGACUAUAUCGAUGA